GCCCCCUCCGCGCCCCAGGCCACGCCCCCGGCGGGGACGGGCGCGGCGGGACGGAGCGGCUGCCGCUGCCGGCGUUACCUUGAUCCCGGCGGGAAGGAGGAGAGGAGAAGGAAGAGGAAGAAGAAGAAGGCGGCGGGGGUCUUCCCGCUAAGCCGGGCAGGAUGGACAAGUACGACGAUCUGGGUCUGGAAGCCAGCAAGUUCAUCGAGGACCUCAACAUGUACGAGGCCUCCAAGGACGGUCUCUUUCGGGUGGACAAAGGUGCCGGCAACAACCCCGAGUUCGAGGAGACCAGGCGGGUGUUCGCCACCAAGAUGGCCAAGAUCCACCUCCAGCAGCAGCAGCAGCAGCAGCAGGAGGAGAUGCUGAUGGCCGCGAUGAACGGAGGGGCUGCCGCCUUCCACCCCCCCCGUCCCAGCCCGCCGGUGGCGCGGGGUUCGAAGCCGCCCCCCGCCGCCGAGGGGCCGCGAGCGAGGCCCUGCGAGGGAGGGGAGCGGGGCUUCGGAGAGAGCGGCGCACGUGCCGGGGCCCCGGGGAGCCAGGCCGGGCGCCGGGGCUGGGAAGCGGAGCCCGACAGGAUCUCCCGAGCGGGGGGCACACAGCCUGGCGUGGGGCGCGGGGAGCAGCAGGCUGGGAGCCUCGGCGACCCCCUGCCCUGCCGCGGCGGGCAGGAGAACGGCGGCCAGGGCAGGCGAGGUGUCGGGGGCCGUGACCCGAUGCCGGCCGGACAGAGCUCCUCCUUCUCAAACUCCGGGAUCCCCUCGGCACCCUCGGUAGGGCCAGAGGAGCCCCCGCCGCAGCAGAGGUCCUCAUCCUUCUCGGCACCCUCAGCGCAGCCCACUCGAGGGUUUUCAGGCUCCGCUGAGCCCUGCGGUCCCAAAGCCGGAGGAGAUGGCGGCCAGCCGUGGUACCAGGGUGUCUCGGUGUCCUUCCCGCCAGACUCCGCAGCCGCUGCUCCCAGCGUGGAAUACCGCAGCCCGGGCAGUCAGCUGGUGGCCCGCGGCCAGACCCACAGGCCCGCCGGCAGCAGCGGGAGCCCUGAGGCGGGCUCCUCGCGCCCGGCCUCGCGAGGGAUGCCGGCUCCCAGUGCGCCGCAGAGGCUUUUCCCGGAGGCCGUCAGCGGGCCGCGGUCAGACUCGGGGCACCUGGAUGGCUCCAGCGCAGCAAAGGUGAAGCUGCCCUGCCAGACCCUCCUUCCGCAGCCAGAGCAAGGGCCAUCGGCGGCUGAGCUGAAGCUGGAGGCACUGACCCAGCGGCUGGAGCAGGAGAUGGAUGCUCGGCCAAAGGCUGAUUACUUUGGUACCUGCGUGAAGUGCAGCAAGGGCGUGUAUGGAGCAAACCAAGCUUGCCAAGCCAUGGGCAACCUCUACCAUGACAGCUGCUUCACCUGUGGAGCCUGCAGUCGAAAGCUAAGAGGAAAAGCCUUUUAUUUUGUCAAUGGAAAGGUGUUCUGUGAAGAAGACUUCCUGUAUUCUGGUUUCCAGCAGUCGGCUGACAGGUGUUUCAUUUGUGGUCAUUUGAUAAUGGACAUGAUCCUGCAGGCUCUAGGGAAAUCAUAUCAUCCAGGCUGCUUCCGAUGCGUCAUCUGCAACGAGUGUCUGGACGGUGUGCCAUUCACUGUAGACUCUGAAAACAAAAUCUACUGUGUCAGAGAUUACCACAAAGUUUUAGCUCCAAAGUGUGCAGCAUGUGGACUUCCCAUUCUGCCCUCUGAGGGGUCUGAUGAGACCAUUCGGGUUGUGUCCAUGGACAAGGAUUACCAUGUGGAAUGUUAUCACUGCGAGGACUGUGGGAUGGAACUGAACGAUGAAGAUGGACAUCGCUGCUACCCACUGGAUGAACAUUUGCUUUGUCACUCCUGUCACCUGAAACACAUAGAGAAUGGCACGACCCCAGCAGCUGCCUACCAGCACCACUACUAGUCAGCAUGGCCAGAGUUGGAAAGUUAGGACAGAAGACUUGUUACAUGCUCUCCCUCUCCCCACCUUCAGCUGAUUUCCUGUGCAUGUUUUUCACCAGUCAGCAAUGUUCCUGUCAAAGGAUAUGAGAGAUUUUUGCUGGAUUCACCAAGUUUGUAUGCUUGUGGGUUUCAGCUGCAUCAAACCAUAUCUACUUGACCAAGAAUGUGGCAUGUUAACUAAACUGAUCAGUUUACAUUUACAUGUCUUUUUCUGCCUCCUGGAGGUUCCUCUGGACUCAUUUUAGAAGAUCCUUCAGUGAAAGCACAAUUUGCUCUCAUGCCUAUGAACUCUGGUCAUGCUGUACACAAUUAAAAAGCCAGAGUCUGGCUUGCCUGCUUACCAGGGAUAUCCCAUCAGUCUACUGUUUCCUGAAAGCACAUUUCAUCAGGCUCCCUGAAGGACACCAGCCUAUUAGUACCAGCUUUUCAGACACUCUCUUUUUAUUAAUUCUUUAGGAAAAGAAAAAUGUCUGUGCAAAAGGGCACACUCAGACCUUUCAGUUAAUUUCCUGAACUCCAGUAUCAAGUCUGGCUGUAAAAGUACCAACUCCAAGCACAAACCAGGCAGUGCUGUCUGGCAACUGGAGGCCAACAUCCAAUUAAAAACAGAACAAAAAACUGGAACAAGCUAGGCUAAGUUACUGCAAUGACUUGGGGCCCAGGCUCGUGUGUCAGAGUCUGAACAGUGGAUCAUAUUUGGAAAGGAAAAGUCGGGAUGCUGAAAGAGUGGAGAUGGGGGAAAUCCACCCUCAUACUUGCUUGCGGAGCUCCCUUUGGAAAAAAGUUCUCCGUAUACGAACAAUUGCCUGAGUUUUCCAGUUUGUCCUCACAGCUCAGCCCUCAGCCUGGCUAUUCCUUUUCAUAGUGUUUACCCAGCACAAAGCCACUUCAUAGUGGUGCUUAUUUAGAGCUUGGGGAGCAAACUUGAGGUUGUUAUGAAGGCUUUGUCACACAGGGAUUUAGAGCCCAGCUCCACAACCUGAACUCAGAUGAGUAUCUUGGCAUAAACAGAUUUACUCCAUUGAAUAAUAACAGCUUGUCUGAGCAAGGGGUUGGAGAGUUUGGCCCUUACUUUCCCUUCUGCUGAGAAAGCAAGAAGGCAAAUUGUUUCUUGUCUUGACACCACCCUCCCCCUUCCCCCCCCA